CCGUCUAGCACGGGUAGGGGUCCGGCGGCGGGUGUUUUAAGGCCCAUCAGCAACGCAAAUCCUCCCGGGAAUCUCGGACCCAAGGAUAAGCGGUGUCGAAGCCAAAGGCAUUAUGGUUACGACAUAUGUUUAACAACUGGACAAUAUAACACCACUGAUGAUGAAGAUUCCCUCCCUGGCAAAUUUCAACGUCUCCGAUUAAAAACUGACACCAUGGGAGCCAACAGCAGUAGCUUCAGUGAGCUUGACACCAACCCGUUCCUGCAGCGAUUUGUCGGCAAGGAAACCAUCUUGGAAAGCGAUCCGUUCUGGACUCAACUUCUGUCGUUCUCGUUCAACGUUCCUCAUAGUAGCUCAGAUGCACGACUUCUGGAGGAGUCGAUUCAACACUUGUGUAAAACUCUUGCCCAGAACAACCUGCAAUCAGGUAACCUCUGUACAUUGGUCAAAGUAUUCCUAAAGAGGGCAGCAGAGCUGAAAGAGUACUCCCAGAAAGAAGACCAUGUCUUCAUCUGGCAGACGUACAACGCUCUCUUCAUCGUACGCAGUGCCCUCAAGUACUUUCUUGAGAAUCUUUCUGAGGGGCGCAUCAUCCAACAUCUGUCUGUGAUUGUCUCCAACCCGGCCCGGACGGCAGCCUUCUUGGAGGAUGGCCUAGAGGGGAUUGAUGGAGAGAGCGGGUCGAUUGAGACUCUGCUGGAGGAGUUCUUACACUCGUUGGUGACCUUGAUGGUGGAAGUUCCUGUCAUGAACUUCAGUUAUGUUCUUCAUCUGGAGACGAUCAACACCCUUCUGAUCAUGCUGUCAGUUCAGAUGUUCAUUCCUAGAAUAGCACAUAAGACGCUCUUCUUUGAUUGCAUGAUGCAAGGCAACUGUGCAAAGGAUGCCCACAUCUUGGUGAAAGUCUUGCUGGAUCAUUUCACAAAGCACGAGGAGUGUCCAGUGGAGUUAAUGAAACACCAUGAUGAAUCCUCUCCCAGCUUCCUGUAUGGUAUCACAGCCGCUGUAGCAGCCGGUCUGUGGGCCGUCCUGACCCUAGGUUACGGCUCCAAGUCCAGCAAGGGUGAGGAAGAGGACAGGGGUCUAUUAGCCAAUCAGAGUCUGUUACUCCUGAUGGUUCUGACUAAUCACUACACCUAUGAGAAGGGCAUACACAACCCUUACAGGAUGGCGCUCUGUACCUUCUCAAACUCACAAGACGGUGGCUCAGCCGGGACUCCAGGAGGUACCAUGCCGCUCUUCAAGACCAACUUUGCCAACCUGUACGAGGCUUUCUGCAAUCACCUGAAGGAGGAUCAAGCUACGUUACUCCUCUACUCACUCCUACAUCAGAAUCUCAACUUCAGAACCUACAUCCUGUCCAAAAUAAACAUUGACCAGUUGGUGAUACCGCUUCUCAAGAUUUUAUACUACGCUCAGGAUCGUAACUUCCAUCAUAUCUACAUGGCUCUUAUCGUUCUCCUUAUCCUCAGUGAAGACGAUGCGUUCAACAAGAGUGUCCAUGAACUGGUCGUGAAAAACAUCACGUGGUACACUGAAAGAAUUUUGUCUGAAAUAACCCUUGGUGGUCUGAUCGUGCUCGUCAGUAUCCGGACAAUUCAGUACAACAUGACUGGUAUGAGGGACAAAUAUCUGCACACCAACUGCUUAGCAGCUCUGGCCAACAUGUCUUCCCAUUUCCACUCGCUGCAUCCCUACGUCACCCAGAGAAUAGUCAGCAUGUUUGAGUCGUUGACCAAGAAGCAUGAUCGGAUUGUUGCUCAUCUUAGAGAGCGCUCAACACAAAUCCCUUCAAUCGAGGAAGAUCCUGAAUGUGAGAUCCUGAUGUCAGAUUUGGCUGUCUUGGAGGACAGCAUUAGGAUGGUGUUGGAGAUCAUCAACUCCUGCCUCACCAACAUGCUGCCCCACAACCCUGAUCUCAUCUACACACUGCUCUACAAAUGUGAAAGGUUCACUGGCUUCAAGACGCAUUCCAAAUUCUACGACAUCAUACAGAAUAUUGAUACCGUUCUUUCGUAUUUCUCCAAAAGACUGGAGCAUAAGGAGCACCACAAUUUAACAGCACACCAAGUGUUGGACGUCAUUAAACAGGGUAUCUUGCAGUGGCCCAGAGAUAGACUCAGAAAAUUUCCAGACUUGAAAUUCAAAUAUGUCGAAGAGGACCAGCCGGAGGAGUUCUUUAUCCCGUAUGUUUGGUCGUUGGUGUAUCAUUCCUCCAAUUUGUAUUGGGAUCCUGAUAGGAUAGAGCUCUUCACGCUGAACUCCAGCUAAGAACCGAAGGAGAUUUUCACCAAUGGAUGGAAGGUAGGAUCCUUCCUGUUUUUCUUUGUUCCUCGUCUCCUUUCGACACCGGAAACUGAAUUGUUUGUAUAGGGAAGAUGAUCUUUGUUCUCAGGCGAUUGAGGAAACAUUGUAUUUGCGACAGGUCCGUUUGAGGAUAACUUCACAUCGUUUGAUGAAACGGAAUAAUUCAAAUACGGAGGAAACAUGAAGAAAAUUGAGGAAACAUG